AUGUCUACCACGAGCAUUGACCCUCAGAGAUCAAAGGGGCAAGCGUCUAAAGUGCAAAAUGGUUCAUUGCAUCAGAAGGAAACUGUCCACGACAAUGACUUCGAGCCAUAUCUUAAUCCUGGGCAAUCAACUCAGAACAACAGCUAUCAGUCCAUCACAGACCCUUACCUGUCCAGCUACUACGCGCCCUCUAUCGGAUUUCCAUACCCCCUCAGUGAAGCACCUUGGUCUACUGGUGGGGACCCUCCAAUUCCUUACCUCACUCCCUAUGGACCACUGAGUAACGGAGACCAUCACUUUAUGCCUGACAAUGUCUUUGGACAGCCUGGGGGAUUGGGCAGCAACAUCUAUCCCCAUAGGUUUAAUUUUUUUCCUGAAAACCCUGCUUUCUCUGCGUGGGGCACUAGUGGUUCCCAAGGGCAGCAGACUCAAAGCUCAGCAUAUGGUGGCAGCUACAGUUAUCCCCCAAGUUCACUAGGGGGCACCUUAGUGCCUGAUGGGCAGACAGGCUUUCAUAGCGAUACCCUCAACAAGGCCCCUGGCAUGAACAGUCUGGAGCAGGGCAUGGUGGGGCUGAAGAUCGGCGGAGACAUGACAGGUCAGGGCUCAGGGGUGAAAGCAGUGGGCUCUGUGAUUGGAGGACAAGCUGUUGCUGCUACGGGCAACGGAGCCACACCCAUCGGCAUGCCGCCGCCCAAACCCACCUCCUGGGCAGCUAUCGCCAGUAAGCCGGCCAAGCCCCAGCAGCUGAAGUCUAAAGUCAAAUCAGGGAUGCCCAAUCCAGGGUGUGCUCUUCCUCCCCCUCCCAUCAAACACAACAUGAACAUAGGAACCUGGGACAAGGGUCCAGUGACUAAAGUAGCUACAGCUCCAAUGCAGCAGCAGCCUCUUGGCCUGCCCCAUGGUCUCCAACCCCAGGGUCCACACAUGCAACAGGGUCAACUGCAACACCCUCAACAGUCUCUGGUACAAUCCCAGAUGCAGCAAAUGGCCUUACAACCCCAGCCUCACCACCUUCCCCCACAACAGCCGUAUCAGAACCACGGCCAGCCUCCACAGGCCCAAACCCGCUGGGUCGCCCCACGCAACCGAAAUCAGGGCUAUGGACAGGGCAGUCCCGGCCAGGAUGGCAGUAUUAUGGGAAUUGUGGGAGGAAAUGGUGGCCCUCAGAAUUUAGUAAGCCAGGGUCCGGGUGGAGAGUCCCAUCCAGUGCUGGACAAACUGCGUGCCUCUCAUAGCUACAACCCCAAGGAGUUCGAGUGGAAUUUGAAGAACGGCCGUGUUUUCAUUAUUAAGAGUUACUCUGAGGACGAUAUCCAUCGGUCCAUCAAGUAUUCCAUAUGGUGCAGCACGGAGCACGGCAACAAACGCUUGGACGCAGCGUUCAGAGCCAUAAAUGGAAAAGGCCCAGUCUAUCUGCUGUUCAGUGUCAACGGCAGCGGCCAUUUCUGUGGUGUGGCAGAGAUGCGCUCACCAGUGGACUAUGGCACCAGCGCCGGUGUUUGGGCACAAGACAAGUGGAAGGGAAAGUUUGAUGUGGACUGGUUGUUUGUUAAAGAUGUGCCUAACAGCCAGCUGCGCCACAUUCGCCUGGAAAACAACGACAACAAACCUGUGACAAACUCCCGCGACACUCAGGAGGUUCCUCUGGAGAAGGCCAAGCAGGUGCUGAAGAUCAUCGCGCAGUACAAACACACCACCUCCAUCUUUGAUGACUUCUCCCACUAUGAGAAAAGACAGGAGGAGGAGGAAGAGGUGCACAAGACUUUUGAACCGCCUCAAAUACAGAACCGCUCUCGAUUGGAUCAGGAACGCCAAAACCGGAACAAACAAUAG